AUGAUCUUCGAUGAGAAGUAUUUCGACUUCGAAAAUGGUGAAGUGAAGAUUAAACCAUUUCAAUUCACCCAAGCUCAAAGUAAGUCUCAUUUGGAUUCCUUUUCUUGGGCUUCUGCGCUUGCCGGUGCAAAAAGCGCUCCGAUGUUGUCUUCCUCUGGAAUUUCAAGUUUUCUCCUCCCUUUGUUAUCGACCGCUGGCUUCGGUCCUACAGGAAUACUUCCUCAAUCAUUGGCGUCUUAUUAUCAGAACACCGUUGGAAAUAUUCCUCCAAACACGUUUUUUCCUCUUCUUCAAUCAAUAGGCGCGAAAGAAGCUUUUGCGGUAGCGGGAGUAAAAGCUGGAGGAGUAGUUGCUGCUGUCGAUUCUUACUUCCGAAACUCGAAAUAA